AUGGAAUUCUUUCCUCCGAGGAAUGCCGGCCAUGCAGACAAUCUGUACGUUUUUCUUCGAGGGAUAUUCAUUGUCACUAUAAUAGAUCUGGUUUUAGACUCGAUAAGAAAGCUAGAUAUGAUUUCGACAUUCACGGGCCUUUGGCAAAUUCGUUCGAUAUGCAAGACUAAAGCGCCAUUAGAUAGCAGUUCACAAACGGAUCAGAUGCCCCCGACCUCUUCUGCGAUCAUUCUAAUCAUAGGAACUGUCGAGCAUUUAUUCCCAUUGCCAUGA